UGGAUGUGCACCAUAUUCCCAUCCUCUUCCUCCUACUCUUGAGUUCGUUCUGCGAAUCCGACGAUCAGCUCACACGGGCAAAACCACUCACCCACGGCGACACACUCAUAUCAGAGAGCGGGAACUUCGCGCUCGGCUUCUUCUCCACAACCAGCUCCAACAAGAGUUCUUACCUUGGCAUAUGGUACCACAGCAUCCCUGGUCCACGCACCGUCGUGUGGGUCGCCAAUCGAGACAACCCAAUCACCACCUCUUCAUCCGCGAUGCUCUCCAUCACCACCAGUUCUGAUCUGGCGUUGUCUGACUCCAAAGGCCAUGCUAUUUGGAGGGCUACAAGCAGUAUCACCACAGGAGGGGCCGAAGCUUACGCUUUGCUACUCAACUCCGGGAAUUUCGUCCUCCGAUUGCCAAACUCCACGGAUGUAUGACAGAGCUUUGAUCAUCCGACAGACACACUACUUCCAACGAUGAAACUUUUAUUGAGCUACAAGGCCCAUGCCGUCGAGCGGCUCAUUGCUUGGAAGGGUCUGGAUGACCCAUCCUCUGGGGAUUUCUCAUGCGGUGGCGACCCUAGCUCGCCGACCCUUCAGAGGCUAAUUUGGCAGGGGACCACGCCAUAUUCUCGCAGCAAUGUGGUUAAUGGCGUGUCGGUGUCUGGCGGCACAUACCUCAGCAACGCCAGCUCCAUUGUGUAUGAAACAAACAUCAAGCUGGGCGAUGAGUUCUACUAUAUGUUCACUGUCUCUGAUGGUUUACCGUUCACGCGUUUGACGCUUGACUACACAGGCACGCUGAAGUCUCUAAAUUGGAACAGCCACUAAUCAUCAUGGACAGUCCUGUUUGAGAGGCCCAAAGCUGCUUGCGACGUCUAUGCCUCAUGUGGCCCAUUCAGCUAUUGCGACCUCACUGGUACUGUCCCGGCAUGCAAAUGCUUCCAUGGGUUUGAGCCUGAAAAUCUUAACUUUUCAAGCGGUUGUCGGCGAACAGAAGACCUGAAUUGUGGCAAGCAAAGUCAGUUCAUAACUUUAACUGGGAUGAAGGUCCCUGACAAGUUCUUACAUUUCAAGAACAGAAGCUUCGAUGAGUGUGCCGCCGAGUGCAGCAGCAACUGCUCAUGUACGGCGUAUGCUUACGCCAAUUUGAGUAGUGGUGGUGCUAACGAUGACCCGACAAGGUGCUUGGUUUGUACAGGGGAGCUUAUCGACACAGGAAAGUCAACUGACUCUGGCGAGAACAUGUACCUUCGCCUUGCUGAGUCUCCUGGUAUGCACUGUCCCAUUGCCUUGUGAAUAGCUAAAAAUUUACAAGUUCCUCAUCUAAAUUGUCAUAUAUUUGCGAACCGAAAGCGAGUAAGAUGGAUUUGAUAAAAAACAGAACAUUCCUUCCUUUUAACAUCAUCUUACAGAUACAAAAGAUAUGUUUCCCAAUUACUAAGGUAAGCCAUACAACUUCCCCUCUUCACUUUCAAGUGCGUUGAGAAUUGUUUUUAGUCCAUGUUUUAGCAAUUAUCCAAUAGAGAGAGUUACUAUUUUUUCUCACAUUGACAAUGGCCGAUUAACUAUUGAGUUUUGGAAUAAGCAUAUUGCAAGAUCAAAUACUAUUCUAGAUGAUCAGAUCUUUGAUUUACCACAAGCACUGGUAGUUAAGGCACUCAAAUUACUGUGGUAUACGUACUUAAUUAGCUUGACAGAUCCGACAUGGUAUGCUUGUGCAAGUGAAUCCUGAACUUCUGGUUGGUUGCAUUUCUACAGUUGACAAGAGUAGUUUACUAAAGGUUUUACUCCCAAUUAUAGCAUUACUAUUGUUGCUGACAUGCAUUGCCCUCAUCUGGACUUACAAAUUCAGAGGUAGAAUAACAGAUGUCCUCUCUUUUUUGACAUACUGUAUGAACAUUAAUGCAAGAAUUAAGGGAAAAAAUGGAUGUCUUUACCAGCAGGAAAAUGGCGAAAGAAGGAAAACCAGAAGUAACUAAUGCGAGAAUACUUUAGCACAUCCGAUGAACUCGAAGGCAGAAGUACAGAAUUUCCAUUUAUUAGCUACAAAGAGAUCCUUUCAGCAACAAAUUUCUUCGCUGAUUCAAACUUGCUUGGACGGGGAGGUUUUGGCAAAGUUUACAAGGGCACAAUGGAAGGUGGAUAUGAGGUUGCUGUCAAAAGGCUUAGCCAGGGUUCUGGUCAAGGCAUUGUGGAGUUCAAAAAUGAAGUAGUUCUAAUUGCAAAACUGCAGCACAAGAACCUGGUCAGACUUCAUGGGUGUUGCAUUCAGGAAGAUGAGAAGUUACUGAUCUACGAAUACUUACCUAACAAAAGUUUGGAUGCCUUUAUUUUUGGUACGUAUGUUGCACGAAAACACAUGCUUGAUUGGUCGACGCGGUUCAAAAUAGUUAAAGGAAUAGCAAGAGGUCUUCUUUAUCUCCAUCAAGAUUCAAGAUUAACAAUAAUUCACAGAGAUCUCAAAGCAAGCAACAUCUUGUUGGACGCAAAAAUGACUCCCAAAAUUUCAGAUUUUGGUAUGGCACGAAUAUUUGGUGCAAACCAGAAUCAUGCAAACACUACUAGGGUUGUCGGGACAUAGUAAGUAACUGGUGAAUUAACAAAUCCUUAACAUUGUACUUUCCAUGGCUUAAUACAAUUUAGUUCAUACAUUCCUUUCUGACUUGUUGAAUGUCUUAAAUAGUGGUUACAUGUCACCUGAAUAUGCGAUGGGAGGUGCAUUUUCUGUUAAAACAGACACAUAUAGCUUUGGUGUUCUUCUCUUGGAGAUUGUUAGUGGCCUGAAGAUCAGUUCACCUCUGCUCAAAACAAAUUUUU